AUGCUUCAGUUUCUGUGCAACAGCGACCACAAGCUCGGAAGGGUAGCCAGCCUUUGUGCAUCGACGUCUAAAUUCGACGAUGUGACUAUAAAGCACGGCAAGAAGGUGAUUAUAAGUGGACAAACGGAGGGAUAUGUGCUCAGUCCCGGAUUCGCAAAUGGAACCAGCUACCCAGGAAACUUUUACGGUAGUGUGAUGAUUGAGUCCAUGAAAAGCAAACCGUACGUCAAGCUGUACUUCGAAGAUGUCGACCUGGACGCGCUCAACUACUGCAGCGGCGACAGGAUCGAGGUAUGGGAAACUCUGAUCACAACGUCCAGCCGGAAGCUUUCUUUUUGCGGUUCGCAACGGCCGCGAACGUGGGUCUCCCGUGGUGGCAAGAGCGUCGAGAUUUUCUUCAAGACAGAUGAAAUGUUAGCAGGAAGAGGAUUCAGGAUUCGAUUCCAGGUCACCGAUGACAACGACCUCUGUGGCAAGGAUCAGUUCCAGUGCAAGAACCGCCAGUGCAUUCGUCUCAGAGGCAUUUGCAACGGCGUCAUCGACUGCGCCGACGGAUCAGACGAGAAGUUUUGCAAUGGUGUGGGCAGCGGAGGGCUGAAGGACAUCGCGGAUGUUCCCUGCGGCGCGCCAGCGCAUUUGCCGAACAAGGACACUGAGGAUCGAGUUGUGGGAGGCACAGAGACCACGCCCCACUCGUGGCCCUGGCAAGUCAGCCUCGGUGACCCAGAAUACGAAGGAAUCGGUCACUUCUGCGGAGGAGCUUUAAUCUCUAGCCAGUGGGUGCUCACCGCCGCGCAUUGUCUCAAGGAGUGAGUGCACAGUCGGGAUUUCUAGGACGAU